GCUAGUCAGCUGACCUAGGCCGGCGCCAAGGAGUUUGGUCAAGGAAGCCGCCCGUGUUUACACUUGACGCACGCCCACUACAAUCCUAGCCCGUGUGCGACUGCCGACACCACCCUUUGACGCGCCCGAGCAGUAUACGCAUUAUUCGCCAAUUCCUACGCCCGAGCCAUACGAAACGAUCGAAUAUCAUAUCCACGCACCACCCGAACUCGCCGACGUGCGCGUGUUGUUGCCGCGCACAGCCCAUGCACGCGCUUCGCUCUCCGCACCCACCAACAACCACGUAGCAACCGGACUCAUGACAGCUGUGUUCGCGAGAUCUCCUCUGCAAUCGCUACCGAUGGCCACAAACCGCGCGACUGCGCGACGGAGGAGCGCCAGAACCGCAUUCGAUGACGACGAUGCGCCUGUUGUGAAGAGGGUAAAGACCGAAGUGACCGCAACGGCAAAGAGGACCAAUGGCGCGACAAGGAAGGCUGCAAAAACAGCAUACGACGAGGAUGACGACGGUUUUCAGUUUACGCGUCGCACAUCAAGGCGUACCACCAAGACCCAAACCGCGCCCGAACCAAUACUCGAAGAACCAAGCAAGCCUCCACCAGCGCGUAGGAAAAAGUCACUCGCUGCGCCUGAGCCCGAGCUCGAGCAGUUGGCACCGCAGAGGAAAAGGCGGUCGGCGCGUUUGUCAGGUGACAAGGACCACUUGGACCAGAUGGACGGCAGCGCAGACACAGCGAAGGCCGCGCCAAAGCGAGCAAAGAAAACCGCGAUAGUAGAAAAAGUGAAGAAGAGACAGACCACUCCUGCGCCGGAAACGCAGCCAGAAGGGAAGGCAGCGCCUGCUCCUGCACAGACACCAAAACUGGACGGGCUCCAUGUCGCAAAGAAGCGCGACGGGGCGACUAAGAUUAUGUUGCCCUUCGCCGACACACCUGUGAUCAAUCGCAACAAGGAAAUGCGGAAAGGUGGCAAAGAUGGUCAUCGGCGGAGUAGCACGGGGCUGAGAGGAAGGAGAGCCAGUUCCCUUAUCGACAGCGGAAUGUCCAAUGCGUUACCGCACUCUGAGGUCGAAGUUCGCGAUUUCUAUAAGUACAUCGAGCAAAGUCUGCCGGAACCGCGGCGCAUGAAGCAACUUUUGACCUGGUGCGGCUCACGAGCGCUGCCAGAGAAGCCUUCAGGAGAUGUCAAAAACGCAAAUGCCAUCAUGGCUGCACGAGCCAUCCAGCAAGAGCUUAUAGACGAUCUCGCGAGCAAACCGGAACUUUCGGAUUGGUUUAGCAGGGAGGAAACGGCACCCCUGACUGUGGUGAAAAAGCCAAAUCCCCAGAACGUUAAGAACCAGGCAACGCUCGAAGAGUUUGAACAAGAGGUCAAACGCCUUGAGGAAGAAAAGGCCGCCUGGGAAGCCUUAGCCGCGGCUCCAAACGCCUUACUCGCGCCUCCAUCAACACAAACAGGAACCCCCACAUUCGCCGAUAUCGACGCUUCUCUCCUCGAUAGCGAACAAGCCGCCAUACUAGCCGCCCUCCAAACUUCACAACCACCACAACCCGCAAAAACAUCCUCCGAACCUGCUUCCUCCACAUUCUCUUUCACAACACCCGCCGCAUUACAAUUCCACCUCGAGAAGCUCUCGCUCUCGCUAGAACCGAACAUCGACCUCUUCGCAGACGGCGUGCACAAGAUCGAGCAGUACAGGGGUACCGCUGAGCGGGUAGCGGACCGCGUGCUGGGCACUGCGUCCAAGCGGCUGGAAGAGCGCGACAAGGAGAGCAAGGCGAAGGUCGGCAGUGAAGGGAUCGGCGUGGGCGAUGUACUGCGGGGACUGGCGGGCGUACUGAAAGAGUCGUAGGGCGUCUCUAGGACCGCGAAUAUGGUGCAAGAGUCGUAGGAAGUCUCUAGGCCCGGCGACAUCGUAACUGUGACGGGAGUAGUACCACUGAAAGAAUGUUGCUCAUGACUGUUGAUGCGGCGUGCUGUGGGCGUUCUUCUGUAUCCGAAUGACGUAUGUGGAGUCUGUUAUUUUGGGUGCUCUUGCGGUGGUUUGGUCUGGGCUAGGUUGUCAUGCAUUUCAGGCGUUGGUGUUGAGAGGAGGACUUCGGGUAUACCAUUCUGUGUUAAGUCUAUGCAGUUACAGCUACAUUACAAGUCAAGUUACCUCG